AGAGGUUUCCCGAGAAUUCAUGUGUGUCAGCUCCCUCUAUUAAAAAGCGCUGGAGAGAGCUGUAGACCUGAGUGGAAAUAGCUUAUUUCCCUUGGCUACUUUUAAAGCAGCCUGGGAGCUUUGUGUUGAUACUCAUAUUUUACACCGCGGUGCCUCGGCCUGAGGCAGGCCCCCGGACUUGCCCCCAUGGAUGCGAUUUUGAACUGCAGCCCGGAUGACUUGGAAGAUUACUACAACUUGCUGGGGUGUGAUGAACUGUCCACGGUUGAACAAAUUCUUGCAGAAUUUAAGAUUAAAGCCCUUGAAUGUCAUCCUGACAAACAUCCUGGAAACCCCAAAGCAGUGGAGAGUUUUCAGAAGCUGCAGCAAGCUAAGGAUACUCUUGCUAAUGAAGAGAGUCGAGCUCGCUAUGAUUACUGGCGACGGAGCAAGAUUACCAUUCCGUUCCAGCAGUGGGAGGCCCUGAGCAAUUCGGUGAAGACGUCAAUGCAUUGGGCUGUCCAAAGAAAGAAGGACCAAAUGCUGGAAGCUCCCGUGAACAAUAGCAGCAACAUAACUAGUGAGAUUUGGACCCAACAGACUGAAAACAGUGAAGACGGAUUGUCAGAUGGGAGCAGGGAGCAAGAAGAUUUUGCAAUUCCUGAUGUGAAACCGCAGUCUUCAAAGAGUCCAGACUCCCCAAGAUUUUCAGAGGCAAAUUACUGGCACUUGCGUUUCCGCUGGUCAGGGGAUGCUCCAUCAGAGCUUCUGAGGAAAUUCAGAAACUAUGAAAUCUAAAAUGCAGAAUUCUCAAGAGCACAAGAUUAUCUGUUCAGUAACUCAGUAUUUUUUGACAGCAGUUAUGUUAUUUGUAUCUUGUACUCAUUCACUGCUAUGUGAAUGUUGUUCAAAUAAGUGGUGUCUUAAUACUGAUCUGUUAACCCACAUCUAUGAGCUUUGCAGAUGGAGGUCUUUUUAUUUAAUCAGCAAGCAGUACCCUUUUCAGUAUUAACAUAACUAGUGUUUGUGCAUAGUUAUCUAAUAUCUUAUAUACUGUUUCUUGUAUUUUUAAAUAUUGUGUAGCGAAUAAUAUUUUUGUCGGUACUGCGAUACUGUAAGAAAGUACUCUCACUAAAAUCAAAAGUCGUUGUUAGACUCCAGGAACUCUUGCUAUUAGUGAUGAUAAACCAAAAGCUACAUGAUAAUGAACUUCAAGCAAAAUUAUGUUUAUUUCUAAAUUAGGUACUCUGGGUUACUUCUCUGUUGCAUUGUACUUAUUGUAGUGAUUUAUAUUGCAUGCAUGCACUAUUGCAACUUAAUAUUAUUAAUACACUGUACAAGCUUAACUUGUCAGAGAAUUGUGAUCUUGUGAUACAAAUGAAAUAAGAACACUCUUAUUAUCCCAGAAGGCAGCUGUGAUAGAGCAAGCUCUCUUAAAAAGUAGUUGCAUUCUACCUUAAAAAGUAAGCUUUUUGCAACAGCUAUUUGUUUUGGCAGGCAGUUCCAGACCCUCACUUCU